AUGACUACUACUACUUUUAAAAUUGCCUGUAUUCAAUUAAGUGUUACAUCUGAUAAACCUGAAAAUCUCAAAAGAGCAAAAAAUAAAAUAAUAGAAGCUUCCAAAAAUGGUGCAAAACUUAUUGUAUUGCCGGAAUGUUUCAAUUCACCUUAUGGAACACAAUAUUUUGAUCAAUAUGCUGAAUUUAUUCCUAAUGGAGAAAGUAUCAAGACUCUUUCUGAAGCAGCAAAAGAAACUAAAGCAUACAUUAUUGGUGGAUCAAUUCCAGAAAGAGAUGAAACAACCAAAAAAUUGUAUAAUACUUGCACUGUUUAUGAUCCUGAAGGAAAUUUAAUUGCAAAACAUCAUAAAGUUCAUUUAUUCGACAUUGACAUUCCUGGAAGGAUUACUUUUCAAGAGAGUAAAACUUUAGAUCCCGGGAAUUCUUUAACACAUUUUGAUACUGAAUAUGGCAAGAUUGGAAUUGGUAUAUGCUAUGAUAUUAGAUUUCCAGAGAUGGCUAUGAUUGCUGCUAGAAAAGGAUGUGUUGCAAUGAUUUAUCCUGGUGCUUUUAAUCUUAUCACUGGUCCAUUACAUUGGGAACCCAGGGAUAUGAAUGCAACUUAUAAUGCAUGGGGUCAUUCAACUGUGGUUGAUCCAAAUGGUCAAAUUGUUGCAACUACAGAUCACGAAGAAGAUAUUAUCUAUGCAGAAAUCGAUUUAAAUCGUUUCGAUCAUAUUCGUGAAUCGAUUCCUUUAAAUGAUCAAAGAAGAUUUGAUUUAUAUACCAAUGUGGCAAAAUAA